AUUAUCCCCGUGUGAUCGAUCUGUGUUGCAACAUUACUGAUUCUUCCUGUAAACGUUCAUCACUUUACGAGCCAAAAUGCGAGCAUCUGAGUCACGGGAACUGCCGCGGCAGGGACAAAAUUAUUAAUUGGAUUAGCCCCAAAUGAACACGUGUUUUUCUUGCUUAAAAGAAGUGCCCUCUCGAAGUUUUCCUUUUCCUUUCUUCACCACUACCUUCAUCUUUUUUUCGCGAGACGGGUGGAAAUUUGGUUUUUUUGAACGAACGAACAGCUUAACCCAGACACGAUGUCAGAGGUCAAGCUUUAUAUCGGGAACUUAUCGUACCACACGGACGAUGAAUCCCUUCGCAGGGCUUUCGGAGACUAUGGCACUGUCGUCGACUCGAUCGUGAUGGUGGAUCGAUUACCCUGCACGCCCGAUUCGUCACCUUUGACGAUAAAAACACAUCAGGACUCUGGAAGAUCUCGAGGCUUCGGUUUUGUUACGCUUUCCUCCGAUGCCGAGGCGGAAGCCGCCAUCGCAGCGUGGAACGAUCAGGACCUUGAUGGGAGAAGAAUCAGAGUGAGCAAGGCUCAGCCUAAAAGCUCGGGAGGCGGGGGUACGGAGGCGGAGGGGGCGGAGGAUACCGUGGAGGCGGAGGAGGAGGAUAUCGUGGGGGAGGAGGAGGAGGAUAUGGAGGGGGAUAUGGCGGUGGAAGUGGUGGUGGAGGUUGGGGAGGAUCAGGUGGUGGCAACGGUGGAUGGUAAUCAUCACUCUUUUUGCUACGAUUUCAAGGUUCUGUUUCUGCUCGUCCUCCACGCACGUUGCCAUUGUCUUUUCUUUCUGGAAAGACAGAUGCAUCGAUGCGUUUUUCGACUGUCUCCUGUCUGGUUGCUCUGCCGUUGUCAUUCAUCUCAAAAUUCAUUGACAUGGCAUGUCUCAUAGUACUACAGUGUUGCUUGUCGCGCGCGCUAGUUUCCCUCCCAAUGUCAUCCCCUGUCCGGGUUGCUGUCCCUGUGAGACCCUAUAUUGCAACGUUGCAUCAACGUUGAAGAUGUGACAGGGUUUUGUUUUCUCGGCAAGGAUUUUGCCACACCGUUGAAACCCCUUAUGCUAAACGACGCUACUAUCUCUAAAC